GACAUCUAAAUUGACAAGUAAACGAAAACAUCUGUACAAUAAAUUCAGCGAUUUACUCCUAUUAACAUAUAAAUAUUCACUCCCAUAACUACACCAUCGAUGAGAAAACUCCGGUUAAAGUUUAGGGGUUGUACUUUGUUACAUUAUUUACUUUUUGUUAAGUUAGGUUAUGUUUUGUUAUAAGUCAAUAUAGCUCCGAGAUGAUAUGAGUUUUCGAGUUAGUGCCUUGAAAAAGUUGCCCUUAUUUGGGAGUUACUAUAUCGCAGUUUCCUUAAGUUUUCCGUGAUGAGUGAACGCGAGGGUUCAAGUAGUUCAGGGUCCGAGGAAUCCAAGAAAGAUGAAUCGAAAAGUUCAUCUCAGGCUGUGCCUACUGGACCAAGCGCCCACAGCUACUAUGCCAACGAGCCCAUUCAGUUCCGCGUGCGAGGGUCCACCAUCACCGGAGCGUCUCCGCCAAGCUUUGUUACACUAGAUGACAUUAUGAAGGCCGCACACGGCAUGCAGAAUAUGGCACUGGCCCAUGAGAUCGCUGUUGAUAAUGACUUUAAGCUGGAGCCUUUUGAACCACCAGAUAAUAGCUAUCAAAAACUGGUGAAGGAGACAAUGCACAGAGCAUACUUCGACAUACUGAAAGAACAGCUUAACUCUGACCCUCCUUGCUACAAGCAGGCUCUAGUGCUACUUGAAGAUGUCAAACAGGGCCUAUUCUCCAUUCUGCUUCCGCGGCACACUCGCAUCCGCGAAAUGAUCGAAGAGGUCAUAGACUCAGACUUCAUCAAACAACAAGUAGAGAACAACAGCUUAGACUUCGACAAGUACGCCAAGUUCGUCAUAGAUCUCAUGGCCAAGCUAGCCGCCCCGGCCAGAGAUGAGAUGAUACAGAACAUCACCACGCUUACUGACACCGUGGAGAUAUUCAGAGCGAUCCUGGAGACCUUAGAAGUUCUGAAACUGGACUUAGCCAACACAUUGAUCGCCAUGAUACGACCGCACGUGCAGAAGGAGAGCGUGCUUUAUGAGAAACUCAAGUUUGAAGAGAUGCUUAAGGUCACUGAAGACGGUCUUCAGCACACUCGGGCAUGGCUAAUACGUCACAUAGACAAGACCGACCUAAGCUUGCCUGUCACGGACGCUAACAUUAUUAGGAAUGUGACGGCCCAAACUUUGGCUAAGGCGUAUCUAGAGCUGUUAGAGUGGGACAAGGGCUCUGACACAUAUCCAGAGACGGUAACCCUAGACGCUCCCCGGUUCGCAGAGCUCGGUACACAAGUGUACAGAUUAAUUUGCGUGGCGUCGCUCAUACUGUCCAGCCCUACGUGUGGAGAUGCGAGCGCAGCUGCGCGGCACAAGCUGAACCUUAAGGAGAAGAUCGUGAUUAUCUUAGGAGAUACUGCGACUGAUACGCAACUGAAAGCAGUGCUGCCAUCUAUAGCCGAAGAAGUGAUAGUAGUCACCGAUCAACUGCUAGACUCCCUUGACCAGCAACCUCUGACAGCAGACACUAAGGAACUUAUCCGGACCCAGAUAAUCUCCCUGAGGGACCCCGAGCAUAGAGUCAGGCAGAUUGUUCGUCAAAGGGUCCUAGAAUUCCUGAAAAUGAUCCUGGUCUGCGCGGGAGGCUCUCGCCAGAUCCCCGUCGGUCUGUCCGCUCUAGCUCCCGAACUCACCAACGUUUCGGGCACUCUCCUACGCUACGUGAUGCACAAUAAGGCUGUAUUCACUAGUUACUAUAUCGACAUUGUUACUGAAGAGCUCAGUAAGGGAUAGAUUGGAGAAAUCUACUACUGUUAGACUAAUUAUAACACACACUGACAUCAAAACGGUAUUAUAGUCUGUCAAGCAAAAUAUGUCAGUAGCAAUGUACAGCAAAGUAAAGUAGGGCAACACUCAAAGAGCGGUAUUUCGCUAAGAAAAGCAGCAAUGUACAUCGAAACAAAACAUGUAAUUAUCAUAACCUCCAUUUUACAAAUAUUUACGAUCAACGAGCAUGACUGUACAUUGACUUUGCUUAAGUUCAUGCACAAACUUAUUUAAUAUAUUGGUAUUUAAUGGUGACAGCAGAAAUUUCUCUUGAAAUAACAAUGAUUCAGAAUGUAAACAAACAAAGAUGGCUGUCAUUCACGAAUUUCACGAUCCACAUUCCACAGAUAAAACACAGAUGACGCGCGCUUUUGGAAUUAUUCGAAAACAGUGUUGCUACCCGCAAUUUUUCAAAUUUGCCGAUUUGCUUGAACAAGUAUAGAAUGAUAUUGGAAUCAUAUUAGUUAGCUGUCAUUCACGCAUCAACAAAAAAAAGGUUACUUUUGACACAGACAAAUCGAUAUCGUACCUACCGAUGUGACUUCUUAAAAGCAUUGUCCGAAUCGGUACGAAAUACUUGUGCGGACAAGUCUGAGCCAAAUGAACGCGCGAAUGUCAUCUAGCUGAAUAUGAAUCCAAUAUCAUUCUGAUAUCGGUUUGAUUCGAAUUAACAUAUGUGUUGCGUUAAAUCUGCUUUAUAUCAUGGAUUCAACGUAACGUUAUAAUUAUAUUCCACCCUUUUUAUGUCGACGUUAUGGAGGAGUAAAAGAGACGACACUGAAUCACAGAUAGAGACGACACUGAAGUACAGUCGCCAUCAGAUAUAUCGGACCGGCCAAGGUGUUCACAAUAUCUGAACACGCACUCUAAUGCCCUGACAAUAGAGGCGUGUUCAGAUAUUUGUGAACACCUUGGCUGCUCCAAUGUAUCUGAUGGCGACUGUACAGAUUAAGAUGAAAGUGGACGUCACGUGACCCCUUCUUCAUACAAACGUACUCGUCAGAAAAUAUUUUACACAAUUUGAUAUAAUAAUAUAUUAAUCAUAGAUAUCCCCUCGUUUAAUUUUUUUAUUAUUUUAAGCGUUAGAAAUAAUAUAAAUAGUUUAAAUAAUCAAAAGAUCGAAUAGUCAAACGUGGGAUAGCUAUGGUUAAUAUGCGAUAAACUGUGUAAAAAAAAUAUAAUUUUUUAUAAUGGCAAUAUCCAGGGAGGAAAUUUGGAACUACGUUUGUAUGUAGAAGCGGUCGUCGUCUCUUAAGUACUAGGAACGUACAAGGAUGGCUGGAGGCUACUCUCUAUAAAGCCUAAUUUUAAGGCUUUUAAAGCCUAAUUCCUACACGCUUUUUGUGGUAGUUAUAAACCCUUUCCAUGAAGGGUCGUAGUACGUGGUAUACAAUUUCCAACUUUACAAUUUUCUUCUAACAAACUGUGCUACUAUUAAUUAUAAUAAGUACUUUAGAAGUUAUGAGGGAACAGAUGAACAUACAUACAUACAUACCGGUCAAAAUCAUAACCCUCCUUCUGCGUUCCCGUAGUCGGGUAAAAAAUAGUUGAUCCACCCUCGGAAUAGCCACUGUCUAACAAAACCGAUUAUUGACAGCGAAAGGUCACGAAUUAUGUUGUUCCUUUCUUACGCAGAGCGCGUUCUCUUUCUCUCUACACUGUGCCUCAGUUACUGCUGUAAAAGCACAUUGUGGAACGACGCCAUACUUUGACGUGAGAAUUUCCUAUUUUUCGAUGAUGACUUUUUAUGGUGUUGACAAAAAAAGUUAAAAAUUAAUUUCUCAUGUCCAUCCAAAAGUAUGACGCUGUUGGACAGUGCAGCACCCUGCUUAUGGCGUGAAAUGACAAAAUCGUUUUAGUUUCCGAUUUAGGUCACGAGGUGGCAGACCUAACGCUGUAUGUAUAACGUUCUUAUGACCUCCUAUUUUUAGCAUGCAUUAUACCGACAUUCCUCUGUGAUAUAGGUUGAUUCGAGAAAGCUGGCGCGGAUUUUACGAAUAAAUGAGAAUUUUGACAGUUCAUGUACAAAUUUUGCGCCAGCUGUUAUGAAUUGAUCUAUACGUUUUUCAUGGAUUAUGUAUUAAUCGAUUGAAUAUUGAUGACACGACAAAAUAUGAAUGAAAUGAAAUAAUAUAUAUGAACUUUGUGUUUUUUACCGCUAAUAUAAGAUAAUGUUUUUUUUACUUAACUCAUAGGUUGCUUUUUGAUUUCACUAAACAAACAUUGUAUUAUUGCAAUAUUGUAUAAUUACGCGAGUCAUACAGUAAUUAUAUCAAUUGUUUUUAUUUACAACCACUGCUUUGUCAUGUAUUUUUUUUUACUUUAAAAUGGUGCUUUAUAAUUUAACUUUGUACUUUAAACCUUAAAGUUACCUUUUAACAAAAAAAUCUUAUGUUGUUUAAGAAAUGUAUGCUUACACUAAAAAAACCAGACUCAAAAUGUUUACUCUUUAAUUUAUUUAAGAGUGAAAAUGUAGUCAUUUAUUUGUGUAAAAGUUACAAAAUAUUAGCUACGCUCUAAAACUUUUAUGUAACAUGAAAGUGGCUGUGCCCUAGUUACUUAUAAAAAUGUCAAACAUAGGUACCUACUCUACUCUCUUAAAAAAUGAAAUAAUCUAAAUAUCCUAUGGGUACUUAGUACUUUUUUUAAGUAAUAUUAUAUUAUUAUAAUCACAAUGUUAUAGAAUAACUAAAAUACGUUUUUAAAGUGAAACACCUAUAAUACAUAUUAAUUACUACUAAAAAUAAAUCAACAUAAUUUGUAUAACAAUUAUUACUGAGAUAUUCUCCCAGACAUCAUUAUUUUUUUGGAGUCAACACAAUUUUAUAAAUUAGUUGUAUGAUCAAAGAAAACAUUUCGUUGUCAACGUAUAUGUAUUAUAACAUCGUCGGGCGACAAGCAAAAGUCACUAUGUACUAUCAAAAAAUUAAAGUAACAAUGCACUUUAUUACACCUGUAACACGGUUUAUUGUCCAAUGAUUUCAAUGGUGUUAGUUAGUGACUUUUGCUUGUCACCCGACGAUAUACGUAUUUAGCAAUCCUGUAAAAUCAAUAUUACGUUUUUUACGUCACAAAAUAUGGGAACAAUUUUUCACGUUUAUCAAAAUCUGAUGUUUUUUUUAUUCUUAUGAAAUCAAGUGAAUUAGCCUCUAAUAAAGUAUCGCUUUUGAUCUA